UGUCCCAAUUUCCGAACUUCAUGGCAUCAAUCAUCUCAACACAGCUCUGUACUUGAUCUCUUCCGGUAGCAGCCAACUUUAGACAUCGUUCUCCAAAUCUUCUCUUUUUCGCGCCGGCCGCCACUGAGACAGAUACUUUUGAGUGCGCUGUUUUUCUCGCGAACGCCGUCGUCUGUCGGUUUAUCAACUUGUCGCUCCAUCUAGAUAACCCGCGAAGCCAAACGCAUCACCCAUUGCUAGGCCACGACUACCAAAAGCUCACAAUGACUGCUUCUGCGAAUGACACCAAUGUCCCGGCUGCCGUGGCGGAGCCAAGGACACCGACAUCGACUCCGGCAUCAGGCUCAGCGUCCCCUGGUGUAGCGCCCGCCCAUCAAUGCAGACAAUGCCGCGCCUCGUUCUGCCAGCCCCUCGGUUGCGGCCAUGUCUAUUGUGACGAGUGCGCCGGCCCUCGCCACGAAUGCCCCGAGUGUAACCGCCACCCCGUUGUGUCUCCAAAACCCUCUACAGAAGUGAGCAAAAUCCUGCCUCCGUUUGCGCCUUGUAUCAAUAGUUUGCUGACCAAGGGAUUUCCUUUACUUCUAAAGAAACCCCCCAAGACUACGUAUCCCCCCGAAGACGGUCUUUUUGAUCUUGUGUUCCAAAAGAGAAUCGACAGUCGAAUCCGUACAAUCUACUAUGUCUCGCUUUGUUCUUUCUGGGCUUCUGUUCUCGCAGGUAUUCUUUGCAUUAUUGCUCUUAUCCUUGAAACGAGCAAACGAUCGACUUAA